UUCUGUUAAAGAGAACUUCACACGGCAGAGACAGCAAGCCCUUGUAACCUGUUAAUGGAGAGGAUAGUUUUGAAACAGAGAAGACAGAGCCGAGGACAGCUAACCGUACAUGCUAUUCAAGUAUCAUGGACCAGUAUGAUGACAAGGGGUGGGCUCCUAUCCAUCACGCAGCCUAUCGGAAUUACUGCAAGUCGGUGGAGCGCUUCGUGACCUCUGGGGCUGAGCAGCUGGAGAUGCCAACCCGGGACAGGCUGAGAUCCACGCCACUGCUCCUCGCCGUCUCCAGUGCAAGCCUGCAGACCAUAAAGGUCCUGGUUAGCCUGGGAGCGGACGUGGCUGCCGUCAGUACUCUGAGCCAUGGAGUGGUGGAGGUCAGUGCUUCCAUGCAGCAUUUAGACCUCCUUGAGUAUUUCAUCGGUCUGAAGAACCCCAAGCUGGACGUGUACCAGAGGCUCAUCAAAUUCCUCGAUUCAGAAAGAGAUGAGGAGGCAACCAGUGCGGGACAAGCGAUCGUGGCAUUGAGCCGCAGGGGAGAGGGAAAGGAAGACCACGCCUUGCCCUUCAUAGAACGUGGCUUGGUUUCCGUGGCCGUCAAUGUUCUGAAAAAGAAAAACGUCCAAGAAGUGAAGGAGCAGGUCUUAAACAUCUUGAACAAUGUCUUGGAGGAGCCAGGCGUGAAGGAGCAGAUCUUUAAUAGUAGGGGUCUCCCUACCUUGAUCUCCUUACUCCACAAGGCAUCCCAGAUGUUCUUCCGUGGAGCGGUAUUGGUGAUAAAGGAAAUUGCUGUGGAAGAGAAAUACGCAGAGGCCCUUUUCUCUGCCGACGCGCUGUCUGCUCUCCUGGAGGUGCUUCAGCUGGCCAGUGCGAACAUUGCUGAAGGGAAAGAGGAGGCCUUUAUUCUCAUCCCGGUGGUGGACAGUUUGUGCUCCAUGGCCCAGGCCAGUGAGAGCUGCCGAAAUGCAAUGGGGAAGCAGAAGGGCUUUUUCUCCCAAUUGGUGGGUCUGCUUGAAGUAGGGAACUCGAAAGGUCUCCUGAUGGCUCUAUGUAAAGCAGUGUCAAGCAUGGUGGCGCACCACCCCAGCAAUCAGAAUGCUCUUCUCGAGGAAAACGGCGAGGUGCCGCUCAUUCAGCUGCUCAAAGCGAAGAGCAGGGAUGUGCAGCUCAGCUCUAUCCAAGCCAUUCACAGCCUGGCAGAAGGGAAUGAGCAUGCUCAGAAGCGGGUGUUGGCGUGUGGGGGGGUAAAGCCGCUCAUGCAUCUCCUGACAAAGAGUCACACCGAGAGUGUGCAGGAGGUCGUCGCGGAAACGCUGUGGGUGCUGGCGGGAGAGGACAUAGACAACCAGAGAAGCAUGGCCUCACUGAUAGGCGUGAGCGUGCUGACGGAGUUCCUAUGCUCUCUGUCGGAGAGGCUGCAGCUUACAGGCCUGGCAGCGAUCAGCGUGUUGGUACAGAGCCCGCGGGUCCUGUACAGCGCCAUGGUGGCUGCCAGCGUUCCCCAGCUACUCGUCCGCCUGCUGCGCUCCGAGAGGGAGGCAAUCGUCCUGGGGGCUGUCCGGGCGCUGCGGCCCCUCUGCCUGGGGGUGUGUUACACCCCACAUCCUGGGUGCCAGAGGUCGGUGGCCGGCUCGCGAGGGAUGAACUUCCUGGUGGCUCUCAUUCCGAGCUGCUCCAAGGAGAGGUGGCCUGCACUCUCGCUGCUGUCGUGCUGGGCAACAGUGAAACCGCAGAACUGCUUCACAGUCACCCAGACUUCAGCUAUGGGCAUGUCCUGCGACUGCUGUACUCCAUCCAGUCCGAGGUGCGCCUGCUCGCUGGCAUCGCCAUAGCGACCUUCGCCUUCAACAGCAUAACCCGGCAGCGGGCGAUCGCAGAGUCCGGGGGUGUGCGCUGGCACAACUUUCAGCCCUUCCUGCUCUGUGC